AUGCCGCUAAUCAAACUAGAGCCGCAUCUGUUCACCAGCCUCCCCCGCCACCCAGAUCUUCCAGGGGACGCUAAUACACCGGGUCUGCGGGAGUUCAUCCACGCGACCCUUCUUGAAGCUCAGCCUCUUUUAAACCAAUUCCCGUCAACACUGAAACCAGACUGCAAGCUGCGCUCUUCCCCACCCUCAAAGGCAAAAGUGAAGCUUUCACGGGGAUGGCGAACACUCCAAUGUCCCGAAGGUUCAAACCCCAAGAAGGAAUUCUGGGUGUGUCGCCAAAGCGACCACCAAGAUUCUGAUCGUUUGCCUGGGACAGUUUCCCUGUGGGAAUUCCACGACGGCUUGCGAUACCACCAUGCCGAGCACGAGAGGGAAUACACACCCAGCGUGACGAGCGUAAAGCAACUGCUGAAGUGGACCGAGCCGAGACAAUGGGAUUCCGACAACCCAAUUAACGUUGGGAACAUGAGCUACAAGAAUUUCGACAUCGAGCUCCGAUCCAAUCCGGACUACGGCUUUAUUACCGUACAGAUUCCUUUCUAUUUGACCAAACCAAUCAUCCCGGGAUCCCAGUACGAGGGACUUUACGGGCAGAUCAUGGACGCCGUCCCGCAGCGGGUUGUCUUCGCUUACUAUGCCAGUCUCGAGCGUAUUGAGCUUCUGCCUCCUACUCCGGUUUCUUCGGGUGUAUCGUCUUCGGCGGAUUUGAAUACCCCUGCUACGUCUACUGAGCGUUAUCUUCGGUGGACUAUGUUGACUACUUCUGAGGCUGGUGGGAAGAUUCCUAAGUGGGUUCAGCGGAACUGGACUCUUUGUGGAGUUCCGCGUGCUGUUGUUGCUGAUGUGGGGUUGUUUAUUCGGUGGACUAUUAAGAGGAGGGAAGAGCGGAGGUUGGAGCAGGAUUCUCAAAUGGGCGAGGGCUAA